CCACAGCCGACGAGCGGCAGACAGUUGAACGUCGCGCGACGCUGACGACGGACGCGAGAUCGAAACGUUGGAACGGCAGCAACAGUAACAGCAGCUCCCAACAAUAAUCGCGAGAGAGAAUUUAGUUUCAGUGUUGUUUCUUUAAUCUCCUUGUAUUAAUCAUUUUCUUUUUUAUAUCAUUUUUUUUGUAUGUGUAAAAUGUGUGUGAAUUCAAAGUGUAUCAAUAAAAAGUAGAUAUAGCAAAAAGUGUAUUUGGGAUCUUUAAUUUUAAUUUUUGGACAAAGUUUCGAACUGAGGAAGAACAUUUUGAACGAACUGAGGAGUUUUUUUAUUAAGUCUGAUUUUUUCGGGGUGAUCGUUUAAAGGGAAACGGACUUCUUAUGUUUUCCCCAAAACUCAAAUGCUGGAGUAUACAUCCUAUAGAAAUUGGUCGCCCGGUGGCACCACGGCUCAGCAGCAAUUGUCCGUCGUGACCACCGUCUGGGGUGUCACCACGUCGAGCCAGUCGGGGCCCCACGGCGGCGGCGUCGGCGGCGGCGGAGGAGGCUUUUCAAACACCACAAACAACGCCAAUCAACUCAUCAAUUGCAAUCCAACAACCAACCAGCAACAACAAUCACAAUUUAACCCAGUUAAUAUAAAACAACACCAACAACAUACUAAUUAUCAAGCUGGUUAUAGGCAAAGUGGGCCUGGAGCGGGUAGCUAUGGAGCUAAUGGUGGAAUGAACUCUUCGGAAGUUGGUACCUACGGGGGCAACAGCGCCCUUUCAACAGCAGCCAUGGUAGCGGCGGCCACCGCAACGGCAACCGCCACAGCAAGCGUGGUCGCCCUCCAAGAUAAUAAUCAUCAAUUUGGUGCUCAACAAUACAACCAGCAAGUGUACCAACAACGCAUGAUGCCCAUGAACGGGAUGAAUCCAAUGAACUCCAUGAACGGCAUGAACGGAAUGAGCAACAUGAACCCCAUGUCUCCCAUGAACAAUAUGGCCGCGGGUAUGGGAAUGAACAUGCACGCGGGGAACAUGAUGGGGAACAUGGGCCCAAAAAUGGGCGGUCUCCAAGGUCCGAGCAACGCGGCGAUGUAUCAAAGGCGGAUGACGCCGUAUCCUUCGCCGGGGAUGCACAUGACUCAAAAACGAGGCGGGCAAGGAGGAUACUCGAAUACUAAUUGCCCAAGUAUGAAUCCAUUAAAUCCCUCAUUGAAUCCUUCUUUAAACCCAUCGAUGAAUCCCUCCUUGAAUCCUUCUCUAAACCCAUCGAUGAACCCAUCGAUGAAUCCUUCGAUGAACCCCAUGAAUCCAAACUUUAACACCCAAUACCCCGGAUACGGCGCGCGGCAACCGUCAUCGUACCAAAAUCAAUAUCCGUCGCAACAACGACUGGCGAUGAACGCCAGCUUCGGACCGGAAUCGAUGGCUCCAAGAGGCGCGAACACCAUGAGACAGAACACGCCCCCUUACAACCAGCAAGGACAGUAUUAUUCCGGCGGAUCAAUGAGCAUGGGUCAAUUCCAUACCGGCGGGACCUCCGCUCAAUACAUGAACGGAACCAACCAAGUCCAAUAUGCAUCAACGAACCAGUUCCAGCAAGAUGUGAAUAUGAGGAAUAACAUGAGUUACCAGCAUAGCCCCGUUCCGGGGAAUCCCACCCCACCAUUAACCCCCGCGAGCAGUAUACCACCGUAUAUUAGUCCAAACCCGGAUGUUAAACCGAAUUUUAACGAGUUGAAACCACCUCUACCACAAGUACAAAAAGAUGACGAGUUAAGAUUAACUUUCCCAGUUCGUGAUGGAAUAAUUUUACCUCCGUUCCGUUUAGAACAUAACCUAGCCGUCAGUAACCAUGUGUUCCAAUUGAAACCGACCGUUCAUCAAACGUUGAUGUGGCGAUCCGAUUUAGAGCUACAAUUAAAAUGCUUCCACCACGAAGAUCGACAGAUGAACACCAAUUGGCCCCAAUCGGUUCAAGUUUCAGUGAACGCAACUCCCUUAGUUAUCGACCGCGGUGACAAAACCUCGCACAAACCGCUCUAUCUGAAAGACGUUUGUCAACCGGGAAGGAACACAAUACAAAUUACCGUGGCCGCAUGUUGUUGUUCUCAUCUUUUUGUACUUCAAUUGGUUCAUCGUCCAAGUGUAAGAUCCGUUUUACAAGGAUUACUACGAAAAAGACUCCUACCCGCCGAACAUUGUAUAUCAAAAAUAAAACGGAAUUUCAAUAACACUAAUGGAUCGACGAGUUUAAACGAAAGGGAUCGCGAUGCCGUUGAACAAACAGCUCUGAAAGUUUCGUUAAAGUGCCCCAUCACCUUUAAAAGGAUAACAUUGCCGGCGAGGGGGCACGAAUGCAAGCACAUACAAUGUUUCGAUUUGGAGUCUUAUUUACAAUUAAAUUGCGAAAGGGGAUCGUGGAGAUGUCCGGUUUGCAACAAACCUGCGCAAUUAGAAGGAUUGGAAGUGGAUCAAUACAUGUGGGGUAUUUUGAAUACACUAAACAGUUCGGAAUGCGAAGAAGUGACCAUCGAUCGAGAAGCGAAUUGGAAACCGACCAAAAUCAUGGGCACUAACAUAAAAAUGGAGAAUGAAGAGAGCGAGUCGUGCGCUUCGAAACGGCUCAACAAGGCGAUGUCACCCGGAAGUAUGACCUUGCCCACCAUGAACAACUGGGAUAUGUCACAGGCGAUGUCCCCGUACAUCCCGCCGGAUAUGAACAGCAUCGCGAGCGGAUCCAUGAUGAACGGACCACCCACGUACAAUAAUUCCAGAACGAAUCAGUACGAUUUUAGCACAACCGGAAGUGGAAACAACCCUGGCGAUUACUCCGGAGGAAAUGGACCUUUAACGCAUUUAAGUGAAAGUGUUAAUUCACUUGAUCCAUUAAAUGCCAUGGAAAAAAGUCUCAAUGAACAAAUGCCUCAUACACCUCACACUCCACAUACACCCCACACACCUCACACCCCCGGGGGCGGAACACCGGGUUCUGCACACACUCCAGGUGGAGGAACGGGACCUCCAAGUGUACCACCCGCCGAUAAUAAUCAACAAAAUAACUCGUCCGGAAAUAAUAACGGCUCGAACAACGCAAACAACAACAGCAACAAUUCAAACAAUAAUACGAGCAGUGGAAAUUCUGAUAAUUCAGUACCGGAAAUACCGUCGGAUCUUAAUUUUGAUCCAGCGGCCGUGAUAGAUGGUGAAGGAACCGGACAAGAAGCCCUAAACUUACUCCCAGAAAGUGUUGACCCAUUAGAACUAUUAACAUAUUUGAAUCAACCGGAUUUAAAUACACCACCGUCGAGCGGAAGUAGCAGUGGGGGACCCGGAAACACCACCAGCGACGAUAUUCUCGCUUUAUUCGAAUAGAAACCCCAAAAAUUAAUUUUUAAUUAAAAAGAAAAUUGAAAUAAAUUGAGGGCGGAAAAAGUUAUUGAUGAAAAGAGUUCCUGAUCUCACGGUGUAAACGUAAUUUAAAAAAACGUGAGUGACCAGUGUGAUAUAAUUAAAAAAAAAAAUGAGAAAAAAUUAAUUAAUUAAUAAAAAAUGAGGUGAAAAAACUGCAUUAAACGAUUUUCUAAGAAAUGAUUUGGAAAAUCUGAAAACGUGGUGAAAAUUAAA